UCGUUGAGUUUGAAAUGAAAUUUUUUCUUCUUCUUAUUAAUUUUUUUCUUACUUUAAAACAAAGUUAAAAUUGAAUCAUACAAAUAGACUGCCAAACCAAAGUGAGAGAAAGAUAGGAAGAAAAAGCCGACAAUCUUUUACUUCAGAGCUUAUUAUUAAGUUUGUGUUUUUUAUUUUUGUUGAAAAAAACCACCAAGAAUUUCAUCAAUAACCCAUAUUGAUAUCGACCGAAAGAAAGAUGGCUAAUGAUAUUUAUCGAAUUAAUGAAUUUAAUGAUGAUGAAAGAGGUGGUGGUAAUGGCGAUCAUCGAAAUGGUGAUAUUUCUAACGGUCAGCUUAAUGGUACUACCAUUUCAAAUGAUCAUCAUCAUCAUCAUAAGAACAACAGUGAAAAAAAUCGCCAUCAAUCAAUGAAAUCGUUGAUGAUGAAUGGCAAUACAAAUACGGUAGCCAUCAAUCAUAGUGGUAGCUAUAAUAAUAAUAAUAAUCAUCAUCAUCAUAAUAAUCAUUGUGAUCAUCAUCAACAUCAUCUGUUUGAUAAUAUUCAUCAUAAAAUCAUUAACAUUUCACAACAAUCAUUGAAUGAUACAAAAAUCAACGAACAAACCGGUGUUGAUCAUUGUGCUCAUAUAAAUGUUAUUAAUCAUGAUAAUGAUAAUGAUAAAUAUCGUUUGAUGGCCAACAACAACAAUAACAAUAAUACUUCCAAUGGUCAUAUCAAUAAUAAUAAUAAUAAUAACAAUAAUGUUGGCAAUGUGAAUAAUUAUUGUAAUAAUACAAAUAAUAAAAAUAGUAAUAAUUGUAAAGAAAUUUCAAUAUCAGUAACGCCAUCAAUGGCUGCUAAAACGGAAGAAACAAAUAUGUCAACAUCAUUAUCAUCUACAACAUCUACAUCAUCAUCAUCAUUAAUGAAGAUCGAUUCUAGUCUUUUAACAUUUCGGGCCAAUCUAUCAACAUUCCUAUCAUCAUUUUCAUUUCUUUGUAUUGGUGUCAUAUUUAAUUUGGCUGUUUUAGCAAUCAUACAUGAACGUGUCCCAUAUGAUGCGGCAACAUUACCGGAUAUUGCUUUCGAUUUGUUACCCAGAUAUGAUUUGGCAUUGAACGUAUCUGAAUAUAUAAUAAUGUUUAUGAGCACAUCCGUCCUAUUAAUGAUUGCUUGUCAUCGAUAUCGUUGGAUUAUUAUUUCACGUUUGUUUAUUAUUCUUGGUUUAUUGUACAUUUUUCGUGCCAUUUGUAUGUCGGUAACACAGGUUCCUGUAUCGAAUAAAGAUUAUUAUUGUUCACCAAGACUAAAUCUACAGGAAACAUCUACUUGGGAAUUAAUUAAAACAGUUAUAUGGCGUAUCAUUUAUCUAUCUCUUGGUAUGGGCCUUUCAGUUAAUGGUCAUCAUACAUAUUGUGGUGAUUUUAUUUUCUCAGGUCAUACAGUCAUUCUUGUUACAUCUGAUCUAUUUCUUGUCUAUUAUUGGCUAUCUGAUCGUCGUCCUAUUUAUUUUAAAUUUAUCAAAUAUGGUUACCAUCUAAUGGUUAUCAUUGGAAUUAUUGCCAUACUAAUUGCAAGAGGACAUUAUAUGGUCGAUAUUGUUCUAGCUAUUGUUAUUAGUAAAUUGAUAUUUUAUAUUUAUCAUGUAUUAUGCCAUUAUGCUAUCAUUCAUCAUAAUCAUCACCGUUAUCAUCAACAACAACAAUCGAUGAAACAACAUUUUGAACAAAAUCCUUUCAAUCAUCAUCAUCAAUCAACAGAUGAUACAUCGAUUGUUAUCAAAGCUGAUUCUAGCUCCACUAAUAAUCAUCGUCCAAUAACAUCCGAUGAAUCAUUUAUCUAUCAACAACAACAACAACAACACUGUCAAAUACAACGAAAUCCAUUGAAUACAUGGUGGUAUACAAUAUUUGAAUAUUUUGAAAAAAAUACUAUUCAUCAUCAUAUACAGAUUGUAAAUUCAUUCGAAUGGCCAUGGAAAUUAUUUUUGAAUUCUAAACGUCAACCAUUAAUGAUGAUUGUCUAGC